AAGCCACCAAGUCACCACCACUCCAAUAAGAAGUGCAGGUAGCUAACCAUGGCCGCCUCUGCGUCCUGCAUUUCUCUAGUGGUGCUCGUGGCUCUGGCCACGGCGGCGGCGGGGCAGCUGUCGCCGACGUUCUACGAUACGUCGUGCCCCAGGGCUCUGGCCACCAUCAAGAGCGGCGUCAUGGCCGCCGUGAGCAGCGACCCUCGGAUGGGCGCGUCACUGCUCCGGCUGCACUUCCACGACUGCUUCGUCCAAGGCUGCGACGCGUCUGUUCUGCUGUCUGGCAUGGAACAAAACGCUAUCCCGAACGCGGGGUCGCUGAGGGGCUUCGGCGUCAUCGACAGCAUCAAGACGCAGAUCGAGGCCAUCUGCAAUCAGACCGUCUCUUGCGCUGACAUCCUCACCGUCGCCGCCCGCGACUCCGUCGUCGCUCUCGGGGGGCCAUCAUGGACCGUCCCUUUGGGGAGAAGAGAUUCCAUAGAUGCAAACGAGGCGGAGGCAAACAGCGACCUUCCAGGCUUUAAUUCUAGCCGCUCAGAGCUCGAGGCGGCAUUCCUCAGGAAGGGCGGCCUCAAUACGGUCGACAUGGUGGCCCUAUCGGGCGCGCACACCAUCGGCCAGGCGCAGUGCUCAACCUUCCGGGCUCGGAUCUACGGCGGUGACACCAACAUCAACGCGGCCUAUGCGGCGUCGCUUAGGGCCAACUGCCCCCAAACAGUCGGCUCCGGUGACGGCAGCCUGGCGAACCUGGACACGACGACUCCCAACGCGUUCGACAACGCCUACUACACCAACCUCAUGUCACAGAGGGGGCUCCUGCACUCGGACCAGGUGCUGUUCAACAACGACACCACUGACAACACUGUCCGGAACUUCGCUUCGAACCCAGCGGCGUUCAGCAACGCCUUCACGACGGCCAUGAUCAAGAUGGGCAACAUCGCGCCGAAGACCGGGACGCAGGGCCAGAUCAGGCUCAGCUGCUCCAGGGUGAACUCAUAAUUGACAAACGAGUUACUGCCUACUAGUCAGCAGCACACGUGAAUGAAUAAGGCCACAGAACCAGUGGCCAAUAUAAAUACCAGCUCUUUGGAAACUUGUAUUUUAUGUACGAGCAGCAGCAAAUCAUGCAUGCAUGUACAUAUAUAUGUAAGGAUCACAUUCCCACUUUCUCAUGCAAAGGCAUGGAGAAUUGUUAUCGAUCCUACUUAUACUA